GUUCGAACGGGCAGGCGGCAGUCCCCUGCCCCGCCAUGACCCAGUCGGUGGUGGUGCAGGGUAAGGGGUGAUGGCCCCCAGAGCCCAUUAUCCUCCUCCCCAACCCUUGCCUGACCCGCGUCUUUCCCCUUUGCAGUGGGCCAGUGCGGGAACCAGGUGGGCUGCCGCUUCUGGGACCUGGCGCUGCGGGAGCACGCCAACGUCAACAAGAAGUGGUGGUGAUGGUCCUGAUAUUUACAAAGGAAAAAUCUGCUCUUUAAAAGCACGAGCACUGUUGAUUGACAUGGAGGAGGGCGUGGUAAAUGAAAUUCUGCAGGGACCACUGAGGGACGUGUUUGACAGCAAACAGCUUAUCACAGAUGUUUCUGGGUCAGGAAACAACUGGGCUGUAGGUCAUAAGCUGUAUGGCUCUCAGUAUCGGGAAAACAUUGUGGAAAAGCUGAGGAAAGCUGCAGAACACUGUGAAUGCCUGCAGUGUUUUUUUAUAAUUCAUUCUAUGGGAGGUGGGACAGGAUCUGGUCUUGGAACUUUUGUACUAAAGUUGCUUGAGGAUGAAUUCCCAGAAGUAUAUAGAUUUGUUACUUCAGUUUAUCCCUCUGGUGAGGAUGAUGUUAUUACUUCUCCGUAUAACAGUGUUCUGGCUAUGAAGGAGCUUAAUGAACAUGCAGACUGUGUGCUACCAAUAGAGAAUGAAUCACUGUUUGAUAUAGUUAACAAAAUUCAUCAGAUGGCAAAUUCUGGGAAGCUGGGGUCAACUGUGAAGCAAAACAGCUUGAUAACAUCAAGUGCAGGGAGUGCAAAAACUGCACAAGAAAAGCCGUUUGAUGCAAUGAAUAACAUUCUAGCCAACUUGCUGCUGAACCUAACAAGCUCUGCUAGGUUUGAAGGUUCCCUUAACAUGGAUCUUAAUGAAAUCACCAUGAAUUUGGUUCCAUUUCCUCGACUUCAUUACUUGGUUUCAAGCUUGACUCCUCUGUAUACAUUAGCUGAUGUUAAUGUACCUUCUAGAAGGUUGGACCAGAUGUUUUCAGAUGCUUUCAGCAGAGAUCAUCAACUAAUUCAAGCAGACCCAAAGCACAGCCUCUACCUUGCUUGUGCACUUCUUGUUCGAGGAAAUGUGCAGGUUUCAGACCUUCGCAGAAAUAUUGAAAGGUUGAAGCCUUCGCUGCACUUUGUCUCCUGGAAUCAAGAGGGCUGGAAAACUGGUUUGUGUUCAGUACCUCCUGUGGGCCAUUCCCAUUCUCUUCUGGCUUUAGCAAACAACACCUGUGUAAAACCAACUUUCAUUGAACUCAAAGACAGAUUUAUGAAGCUCUACAAGAAAAAGGCUCACCUUCACCAUUAUCUGCAUGUAGAUGGAAUGGAACAAAGCUGUUUUUCUGAAGCCAUAUCAUCUUUGUCUGAUCUAAUAGAAGAGUACAAUGAACUGGAUGCCACAAAAGGUGGGCCUAGAACAGAUCCAUCACGACUGAAGAUAGUUGUUUGAAGAAGGAAGGGACUGAUUUAAAGAAAAAAGAAAUCCCCCAAGCAUCCAACCUUUGAAGCAUGGAAUUAAAUUGAAGCAUGUCGAGCUAUUGUAAUUCCAAAGUGAGAUUGGAACAAUGGCUUCUUUGGCUCUGAGAAGCAUCGUAUUAAGUGACAGGCCCAGACUGUGAGAAAGAUUUGAAGGCAUCUAAUUAAGGUAAACAUAUCAGUAAGAGCCAUCUUCCUAACUGUGAAUUGACAUACCAUAUGCUGUAAAGGGAAGAAGGAGAGGUUAUAGCAACCAGAAAUAUUAUUUUCUCAGAUUUUCAUCUUACAGUAAACUAAAGGCAGGUCUUGCUUCAAGGAAGGAUCACUGUUGCUGAUUUGUUUUUUAACAAGCAACUACGAAGAGAAGAGAAGCCUGCAUCAUGUCUUCAAAGGUGAAAAAAAGUCUCUAAUGAAACUAGCUUCUUAAACUUUGCGGGAUAGUCAUAAUUUCAGAAUGCCCUAUGUUCAUAGUUUUAGCAUUUUUGCUUCCAUGUUGCACUUAGCUAUAUUAGAGCAUUCAGAGUUGAUAUCAAAAUCUGCAAUAUCAGGAAAUUCAACAAAAUUUUUGUUUGGAGUAUUAAUUAACAU